GCACUAAAACAUUUGUGCUCACAUCGAUUUACAAAGCUGGAAAGAGGUCAACUAGCCUAGCGGUGUGUUUGCCUUAACCACUUUUCUUUUCAUCGUAAUUCCUGUACCCUUCUAGAUUUUCUUUUUUCUAAAUUUGUACUUUCUUUUGUUGUUGCUGAUAUAAGAGCAUACAAUUUUUCUCCUUUAUAUAUCAUCUACACACACGAAUACUCUAACGACAUACAGUUUUUUCUGAUUUUCAUCUUCUUUUGUGUCUGAACGUAUCAAAAAUGAUGCUUGCGCCGCUCACUGACAUCACGAACGUGCAGUUCCAACUGCAGGUACCGCAGAAGACGAAGAAUGUGGCGCAGAACCUGACACCUUUCAUACCUCUUUCCAUUUCCCCACCGUUCUCCCACAACCCAUACGAAUGGAAAUGCCUUCCCGAAGGCGUGCAGUCAGCUGCUGAACUGGUGGACGACCUGAUCACGGCCGUUGCAACUCCAACUCAGGAGCUAUUCCAAGACAAGGAAGACCAAGCUCCUCCUGCUCCGGGUGGACCAUCGUUGUGCAGCACUUUGAUCCAGUUCAAGUGCCAUCAGGCUGAGUUUGCGUCGUCCGUCGAGGUGGAAAAAGGGCAGUAUGUGGUGGUCCAGGGUGAUCGUGGCAUUGACAUUGGCGUCGUGAUUCGCAUCAACACCGCAUCGCACAAGACCUAUGUGGAGCGCACCGGCCCCGUCGGGAGCGUUCUUCGUCACGCGACUCAGCGUGAGGUGGAUUACUGGGCAACGGACUUGAAGGAUGCGGAAGCGUUGGCUGCCGCUUUCUGUCAAUCAAAGGUUUGCGCUCAUUGUCUUCCAAUGGAGAUUGCGUACGCUGAGUAUCAGUUUGACAAGAAGAAACUCACCUUUUACUACGAGGCUCGGUCGCGCAUCGAUUUCGUGCAGUUACUCAAGGAACUGUACCGCGAAUAUGGAUGCCGUAUUUGGAUGGAGAAGGUACGCAACCAUGACUAA